UGCUCCUAUAACAUUGCAUAUUAAAAAAUGGCUGCAAAUCAGGUUUGUCAAGAAGGAAGAGAAUAAAAGGACAUGAAUGCAAUUUCUUUUCCCGCCGGAGCCGUCGUAUAUAAAUCUGGAAACAGCGACCAGAAUCGGCAUCGAGCAGUGAGCAAAGAAACCCUAAUCGAGGUGAAAAUGAGGAACAACUGGCGGUCAUCGGCUGCGCGAAUGAGCGCGAUUCCCGGCGUGCUGCCGAUUCAACCGACGCCAUGGAAGAGUUUCUUGUCGGCAUCGAUUGAUCUUAUGGAGCGAGUGGUCGUGAAGCUGACGCAGGACAGUUCGCUCUCGAAACACAACCUCUUCCUCGCCGGAAACUUUGCUCCGGUGGCGGAAGAGACGCCGCCUCGUUCUGAUCUCGCCGUCCGCGGCUCUCUUCCGGAGUGCUUGAAUGGAGAAUUCGUCAGAGUUGGUCCAAAUCCCAAAUUUCUUCCAGUUUCUGGCUAUCACUGGUUUGAUGGAGACGGAAUGAUUCACGGCCUGCGCAUAAAAAAUGGAAAAGCAACUUAUGUUGCUCGUUAUGUGAUGACAUCCAAGCUUAAUCAAGAAGAAUAUUUCGGAGCAGCUAAAUUUACAAAGAUUGGGGACCUCAAGGGACUCUUUGGACUAUUUAUGGUUCAAAUGAAGUUCCUCAGAGAAAAACUUGUAUUGGAUGUUUCGUAUGGAACUGGAACAGCCAAUACAGCUCUAAUAUACCAUCAUGGCAAGCUUCUGGCUUUACAUGAAAAUGACAAACCUUAUGUCAUCAAAGUGUUGGAAGAUGGAGACUUGCAGACUCUUGGCACGUUGGAUUAUGACAAGAGGCUUACACACACAUUUACUGCUCAUCCAAAAGUUGAUCCAAAGACUGGUGAGAUGUUCACAUUUGGUAACUCAUUAAAGCCUCCAUACCUUACUUAUCGUGUCAUUUCCAAGGACGGUGUUAUGUUUGAUCCAGUGCCAAUAACGAUAGAUGAACCGGUUUUGAUGCACGAUUUCGCUAUCACCGAAAACUAUGCUAUUUUCAUGGAUCUACCUUUGUGCUUUCGACCAAAGGAAUUAGUGAAGGGAAAAAUGGCCUUUUCAUUUGAUUGUAUGAAGAAAGCUCGUUUCGGCAUACUUCCACGAUAUGCGAAAGAUGAAAAUCAGAUUAGAUGGUUUGAGCUUCCAAGUUGCCUCAUAUUUCAUAAUGCGAAUGCCUGGGAGGAAGGUGAUGAAGUUGUUCUUAUUACAUGCCACUAUGAGAAAAUAGAUUUUGAUUUGUUCAAUGGAGCUGUAAGAGAUGAGACAGAAACUACAGAGUCUCGAUUGUACCUUAUGAGGUUUAAUAUGAAGACUGGUGCAGCUACUCAGAAGCAAUUGUCAGCACCUACCAUAGAAUUUCCUAGGAUUAAUGAAAGUUUCAUGGGCAGGAAACAGCGGUAUGUCUACAGCACUAUUGUAGACAACAAGCACAUAAAGGGCAUUAUAAAAUUUGAUCUUCUUAGAGAGCCUGUUGCUGGUACUAGCCAGCUUGAAGUUGGAGGCAACGUGGAAGCCAUUUAUGAGUUGGGACCAGGGAGAUUUGGUUCAGAAGCAAUAUUUGUGCCUCGUACACCAGCUACUGCAGCUGAAGAAGAUGAUGGCUACUUGAUCUUUUUUGUACAUGAUGAGAAUUCAGGGAAAUCUGAAGUGAAUGUAGUUGAUGCAAAGACAUUGUCCCCUGAGCUUGUGGCAGCAGUGGAGUUGCCAUCCAGAGUGCCAUUUGGAUUCCACGCCUUAUUUGUGAAUGAGGAACAACUCCAAAUUCAGCAAUCAUAAGCAUGAUGGCCAAAUACAAAGUGGCUCCAUUGGAUAAGCUCCUUAUUUGUAUCAUAAUUUUUGCCUUCUUGAUUACAAGCCUGUUGUAAUGAUAAAAAAUAAACGGCAUUCAUUUGGACUAUAAUAUUAUGAUUUAAA